CCUAACGUCACAACAAAAAAAUUGACAUAUCUCUUUUUUUUAGCUUUAUUUUAUUAAUUGUUGAGGUUGGAGGUGUCCAGACUCGGUCAUGAGUCAUUUACGUGAAACUAAUCAUGAAUAAUAAAAUUCGGAUAAUAAAUGUUUUUCAGUGCCAAAAGUGCCUCAGGUUCCAGUGUGAUGUUGAAUCGUGGGAAGACGGGUCGUCCAACUGCGAAUAAUGACAGUGAUAUAUCAAACGAAGAUGUAUGCGCCCACUACUGACGUCGUAGACCGACUGCCUUCAGUGGACCGUGUGACCAACUGGGACAUAGCCGGUUUCAUCAUCUCUAUAAUAAGCCAUCUCCUCGAUGUCUUGUUUGACUGUAACAUAGCCUACCGCUACUACGACCACCAGCAAUUCGCCUACUUCUUCACAACUCUAGCUUUCAUACUCAUACCGGCUUUCAUAAACACGGUUUUCAGUAUAAGAAUGUACAUGCUCGACAGUGACAAAGACAACGCCGACCGCAGCGCCACUCUGACUGACAAAUUUACCAAAAGAAGAUUAUGUUGUUUCGCCGUUCUGAUAUUUCAACUGGCGCCGGUUCUGCGAUACUUUGACGCUUUGCAAUACGCGCUCAAGUCAAAACGGGCCGAGAAAAAUAAAGAUCCUGAGAAUCAGAGGAAAUAUUACGAGUUGAUGGUGAAGGAGGAUUCUGACGUCGCGCUGCUGCGGGUGCUCGAGUGUUUCCUCGAAGCAGCGCCGCAGCAAAUACUCCAACUCGCGAUCAUUUUUAGUACAAAUAGUAAUGAUAAAAAUAGCCUGAAUCAGAGCGACACGUUCACCUUGUUUCAUCAGUUGCUUUCAAUCGGAAGUUCGUUCGUGAGCAUGGCGUGGUCGAUGGCCUCUUAUCAGAGGUUGUUGCGGGUUUCGCUUAAAAAUAAAAACAACAUUUCCUGGCCGGGUACUCUAGUUCAAUUCAUGUGGCAUUUUCUAGUCACGGUUUCUAGAAUUUUAUGCAUCAGUGUGAUAGCGUCGAAGCAUCUAGUGCCAACGAUUUUGGUAAUUUUGCUCCAUUGGUUCGUGAUGACGUUGUGGUUGUCGUGUACGAACCAGAAGAAUAAUUUUUGUAAACAUAACAAAGUUUACGAUAUGUUUUUUUACUCGAUUUUCGGGACGGUGUAUAUUUUCACGCCCGUUACUCUAGUUGAAGGACCAACUUUUUUAAAAUAUUUAUUCUUCUAUGUAGUCCUUUUUGUAGAAAACACUAUCGCGAACGUGGUGUGGUACUGUAGUGCAGACCCCACUCUGCAAGAGCAGAUCUACUAUAAGCCGAUCGUUUACUUAAAUAUUAUCCCGUUUUUCGCCGGAUUAAUAUUUAUGUUGUUAUAUUACAAAGUCUUCCAUCCGAGUACAGGGUAUCAUAGGACUCAAGCGGUACUGCCUAGUUAAUAUUAGCCCAAUUUUAGUGUACAAAUCAGAGAGGAGAACGAAGUUUUGUGAUUGAUCUCUAGUAAGCCUACUCAAUAGAUCCCCUCUGGUUGCUUAGCUAUAUUUGAUUAACAAUGUGAUUUUUAAUUUAUUAUUUAGCAUAGACUGUGUGCAUUUCGCAGAUAGCGAAUUCUAUAGUCCUGAAUAACAUGUAUAUUUAAAUUUUUGGUUCGUUGCAAUAUGUACAUAUUGUCGCAAGAAUAGUGCCUCCAUGACUCGGAACUGCUCUUUUACAAAACUGGUGCCUUAAUUUAUAAAUAAUUUAUUUAAAAUAAACCUCAAUCGUCGUGA